CAUAAUGAUAUUAAUUUUUGACCCCGCGUCAUUUUGCGUUCUCAUUGGAAUCAAGCACUUCCCCAACAGUAAACAAAAUCACGACUUAUCCAGAACCAGAUAGUCACAAAUCGACUCAGUCAUAAUCGACAAUCACUGACAGAAAAACUCAACUCGAUACGAAACGACACAACGCAACGCAACACAACGGCAACCGCAACUGCAGCUGCAACUACGACAUUUGAAACCUAUACGCAUAGACAUGCUGCGAAGAGUACGCGGGUUGCGCAGAUGGUCAGGCUGGCAUCCGCUGCGACAAGCGUCGUCGUGCAUGAGCACGGCAGCCGCUCCUCUUGUGGGAGAAGAAGACAUCGACGAAUACGAAUGGAACUUUAGGCAAAGCACCAACAGAUACGAUGACAGUGCCCGCAUUCGUGACUUUCAAAUCACAAAGCAACACCCGCUGUAUCCCAAGCUGUUCGCACCCCUGGAUCUCGGGCCCGAGUUGGGAAUUCUUCCCAAUCGAGUCUUGAUGGGAUCUAUGCACACGGGCCUGGAAGGCCACUCUAUGCCCUCCUGGAUCGAAGGCAUGCUGAAUUAUCUAGAUCCAUCCGAUAACGGCGGUGACCAUGGCGGAGUGGACCACUCGUCGCUCGACCGCAUGGCCACCUAUUUUCAGCGCCGGGCAAUCGGUGGGGUGGGAUUGAUGGUCACCGGGGGGAUCUCCCCCAACACACAGGGAUGGGUCGGCCCAUUUUCGGCCCAGCUGACAAAUGACACAGAAAUGGAGAAGCACAGAGUUGUCACGGAGGCAGUACACUCGGUCGAYGUUCCAAUAUAUGGGGCCUCGAACCCCGACAACGMCRCGGUGACACCAAAGAUUCUGAUGCAGCUCCUGCACACCGGCCGGUACGCCUAUCAUCCAUUUGCUGUGAGUGCCACCACGGGAAAGUCGCCCAUCAGCCCCUUUACUGCACGGGCUCUGUCCACCAACGGAGUGAAGAAGACUAUCGACGAAUUCGUGUACAGCGCAAUGCUGGCCAGGGAGGCCGGCUACGACGGAAUCGAAAUCAUGGGCUCGGAGGGCUAUCUCAUCAGCCAGUUCCUCAGUCCGAAGACCAACUCCACACGGACCGACCAAUACGGAGGAAGAUCCUUCGAGAAUCGAUCAAGGUUUCCCCUCGAACUGGUCCGGGAGGUUCGAAAGCACCUUGGAACCGAUUUCAUUGUGGUCUUUCGGCUUUCCCUCUGGGAACUGGUCGAGGGGGGCAUGUCCUGGGAAGAAACUGUCAUGCUGGCCAACGAGCUAAGACAGGCCGGUGUGACACUCCUCAACACCGGAAUAGGCUGGCACGAAUCGAGGGUCCCAACCAUUGCUUCAAACGUUCCGCGGGGGGCGUUUACCGCUCCUACCCUGCGGCUGCGGUCGGAAUUGCACGCCGCAAUGGUUGCCCAGGAUAGUACUAUAGAUAGCGGGGAUGAAAUCUUGCCCGUUCCACCCAUUGUGUCUACCAACCGGAUCAAUGCUCCGGACACGGCCGAAAGCAUUCUGGAAGGCGGUGUCUCGGACAUGGUCAGCAUGGCCCGGCCCCUCCUGGCCGACCCCGAUUUUUUGAAAAAGGCCAUGGCCGAAGAGCCGCAAACAAUCAAUACCUGCAUCGCCUGCAACCAGGCGUGCCUCGACCAUGCCUUUGUGGGAAAGACGGCAUCGUGCCUGGUGAAUCCGGCCGCCUGCCACGAGGAAGAAUUCGGAGAAGCUCGGGGCAAGGAACAAAAAGAAMCCCUGCCACUAGAUCAACGCCUGAAUCUGGGGGUGGUGGGAGCGGGACCAGCCGGCAUUGCCUUUGCGUGCACCGCGGCCGAGUACGGUCACACCGUCACGCUGUUCGAGCGCUCGGACAGGGUUGGGGGGCAGUUCCACAUGGCCAAGAGAGUUCCGGGAAAGGAAGAAUUCUACGAGGCCAUCCGUUACUGGGAAAGGCGGCUGGAGGGCCUAUCGUCUCCGACGUCUUCCCAAGGAAGCGUGACCGUCCGACUGAACACCGAGGUUUCGGUCGAAGAAAUGGCCGAUUGGACGAAACAAGGCGAUCGUGAAUCGAAGGCUGCCGGCGCCACCGAUGCAAUCGACAAGUGGAUCGUAUCGACUGGUGUGACACCGAGGGACCCAAAGAUCCCGGGAUCGGAAGACUUCCCGGACAACGUGUUGAGCUACGUCGAUGUCCUCCGGCACAACAAACCCGUUGGUAAAAAGGUCGCCGUGAUUGGUGCCGGUGGAAUCGGCUUCGACGUGUCGGAAUUCUUGUUGUACGGCAAGGCCCAAUCGGAAGCCGAGAUCCAGCAAGACCUGGACGUCCUGGAGGGRAAGAACCACAACCCAGGAGAAGAUUCACGGUCUCCGGCUUCCAGGGUUUCCAUCGAUGACUUCUGGACGGAAUGGGGCGUCGAUCCGAAGCAGGAACGACGCGGGGGUCUUUCCAAGGAGGGACCAACCCUUCCCCACGGGCCGCCGCAGCGGUCCAUCGUUCUGAUGCAGCGGAAAAAGGGCAAGGUCGGAGCCGGCCUCGGACGGACGACGGGGUGGAUCCACCGRGCCAGCCUGCACAAUUCCAAGGCGGCGACGAUGGUUUCCGGUGUUGCCUCCUACGAUGCCAUCGACUCGGACGGAAACCUCGUCUACACCAAAGACGGUGAGCAGCGCGUUCUGGAGGUCGACACGAUCGUCCUGUGUGCCGGCCAGCUGGAAGACACCGCCCUCGAAUCGGCCUCGGAAGACGUCGGGGGCCUCAAGGGCAGGGUCUACCCCAUCGGCGGGGCCUUUGCGGCGGGGGAGCUCGAUGCCAAGCGCGCCAUCGACAUGGGCACGAGACUCGCUCACAAGAUCCACCUGGAGGAGGUUGUCCCGGGGAACCACGUGUUUUCGUCGCCACCGGGACCGGAGGAAAAGCUCUUUCGGUUCCUGAAACAGUGGGCGUGAUGUGUGGUCGCCUUCCUUUGGGCCUGGUUCGGUUGCGUCGAAACCGUUGCGAUCCCGUUCGGUUCCCGUUUGUUUGGGAAAAGGACAGGGUUCGCGCUUUCUAUACCGGUGCGAUGCGGAUGCCGUUGGUGCAUCAUCUUUUGCACUAGAGAAUUCCAAUCGCACGAGGGAACGGAAUCGGUUCGGUCCACAUGCGUGGUUGUGCCGUGUGCCAUACUAGUAGAAUCAUUAUAAACAAMACGAAAAGAAAGGACCGAAUGGAGCAUUCCUUCCCUAAAACGUUGCAGUGCGGUAUGGAGCAUUCUGUGUUUGCCAUAGCAAUCCCGACACACGGGAGAGGAUUCGAUGCUUUUGUGGCCAUGUCGCAAUGUCGCAAUGGAUUCGAUUCGAUUCGAUUCGAUGUUCGGCGGGCAGCGGCUUGCUUGCAUGCUUUCCCCGCGUUUGCAGUAGUGGUCCACCACAAUGGUGGCUCGGAUUGAUUGAUUCGAUUCGAUUCCAUUCGAUUCGAUUCGAUUCGAUUCGAUUCGAUUCUUUGUCCUGCUAUUGUACCGCAGUUGUUGUUGCCUUCAUGGUCGCGAGCAGGUGUCUCGUGGAAGAAUGCAAUGGAUUGUGUUGGUCCGCUGCCAAAAACAGGCCGUGUACUCUUUCGCUGUCCAUUAGGACAGUUCAAACAAACAAACAGCAGCAUGACACACAAAACAUGUUUUUUUGGUUCGAACUACUAAUCUUUCGCUACCAGACAGUGGGUCAUCGUGUACAAGUACUUCUUUCUAAUCCAAUCCAUCUAAUUCAUUGCUGUAUUUAAGUUUUGGUUUUCGAUGUAGUAUUUUCUAUUUUCGUUACUGUAUCGGUGGAAACCUUUUUGAUGGCGUUCGAUUCGAUUCGAUUCGAUUCGAUUCGAUUCCAUUCUAUUGAAUCCGGUGUUGCAAGCACGGUAGCCUGCGUGCGAUGCGAUGGUGCUGCUCGGAGCCAAAGUGGAGAAAACCGCCGCAACAAAAAUGGAAUCGUUUGUUUCGGAGUGCCAUAGAACAACGGCGGUGCGAUGCACCCCGGCCGUAACCGGAACGGAUGCCCGUGGAGCCUGCUACCGGUGGUCUACCUCGUCGCAGCGGUAUCGCAUCGUGCCACGAUCCUGCCGCAACCGGGCCCGAGGUGCUGUUCCGCCACCAAAAAAGGCCCUAUUCCCGUUGUUCUUGCCGCGGCAUCCGUGGGAUUCGGUGGCGRUGACGGUGUUGCAUCGCAUCGCGUCGCAUCGCACAGCAUCGAAAACAAAGRAUCGAAGGAAGGAGUGCAAUUGGUGUGUCGCUGGCAUCGUGUCGUGUAGCGAAUCUCAAUCUCUGUUUCUGUUCCCCAACCCCAACCCCAACCCUGGGCAAGACUCUCGUGGGCAGGCACGAUGCGCAAGCAAAGACCCACGAAGCCUUCCACAAACACAGCCAAAGCACCGCUGUUUUGCCUACAC